CUGAACCAAGUGUAGCAAAAUUGCCUGUACUUUGUUUACGUCCAGUUGGUUAGCUGACAGCUGGUGUAACGCUUUACCAACGCACACAGCCGCGUCUGCGUGUCUCCGCGGGUUGCCUGGAGCUUCGCAAACUUUACACCGAGUGCUCUGGAUGUCGUGGACGGGUUGUUUUGUUGAAUGAGGGGGACCCGCUAGAUGCCGACAGGAGGAUGAACUCCAUCACCGGUCGGGUUCUCGCCAUCCCCGCCGCCUCUGUCACCAAUUCUGGAGCUUCAUCCUCUCGAGCCUUACACGUAGAGCUCACGUCCCAGCAGAGACGAUUGCGUCAUCUCCGGAGCAUCGCGGCCAGAAACAUUGUCAACAAGAAUGGUUCCCCACUGCUGGACACUUACUUCACCCUCCACCUCUGUAUAGGGGACCGCAUAUCUAGAGAUUUUUACAAGAGUGAAGUCAUACGGGACUCGCUGAAUCCAACUUGGCGGAGCCUGGACUUUGGCAUGCUGCCGGACCUCCUGGACACCUCAGUGUCUUGCUUCGUGGUGAGGAUCUGGGGAGGUCAGGAGGAACGGUACCAGCUCCUCAUAGAAUGGAAGGUCAACCUGGAUGGCCUCAGAUACACGGGACAGCAGAUUCGAUCCCGGAAUCCCAACGAGAUAAUAUUCGGGCUGAACGACGGCUACUAUGCGGCUGACUUUGAUCAUAAGACGCUGUUCGGCCCCUGCACUGAAACACUUCACAUGUGGCUGUUGCAGGACCAGUCGGAGCGGAAGAAAAACAGUCUGCUUCAGGUCGACCAGAGUUCAGUCAGGAACUCCUACAGCGUUUUCUCUCUGCUCAGGCUCCACACCGCCCAGAGAGCCAUCAAACAGACCCAGGUGACGGUGCAGAAGAUCGGGAAGGAGAUCGAGGAAAAGCUGAGGACGACGACGACAUGCACGGAGCGGAAGAAGGAGCGAGAGUGCAUGCAGCUGCGCAUCGCUGUGCUGCGGAGUGAACUGCAGCGGCAGAGGAAGGCCUUGGGCCGGGAGAUCGACCUGCGGCAGAAGGAGAGAGCGCAGCUUCAGAAGAAAGAGGAAGCGUUCUCCGCUCAGCACGAGGGUCUGAAGGAGGAGAAGGAAUCCUUAACCAAGCUGCAGAAGGAAUGCACUGCCAAGAGAGAGCAGUUCCUCAAAUCCAACGCCCAGCUCACGUUCCGCUGCCGUCAGCUCCUCUCCGAGCUCUCCUACAUCUACCCCAUCGACGUGGCCAAUCAGUCGGAUUAUGUCAUCUGCGGAGUGAAGCUGCCAAACUCCGAGGACUUUCAAGCAAAGGAUGAUGGGAGCCUGGCUGUCGCCCUGGGUUACACGUCGCACCUGGUCCUGAUGAUCUCGUGCUUCCUGCAGAUCCCUCUUCGGUAUCCGGUGAUCCACAAGGGUUCUCGCUCCUCCAUCAAGGACACCAUCACUGACCGACUCACUGAGAAGGAGAGAGAAUUCCCUUUGUACCCCAGAGGAGAGCGCUUUCAUUUUGAAUACGGUGUCUACUUGCUCAACAAGAACAUUGCCCAGCUGAGAUAUCAACACGGCUUGACCACCCCGGACCUGCAGCAGACACUACCCAACCUGAAGAACUUUCUGGAGCACGGCCUGCUCGUCCGAUGUGACAGACACCAUGUCUCAAGCUCCAUCCCAGUGCCGACCAAGUCUCAGCCCGGCGUGUCUGCUGCCUCAGAGAUAGGCUUCCCCUGCCACACCAGCUCCCCAGACCGAGGCCUGAGGAAAAGGGCGAGCUCGGAGGCCGACAAGUACAAGCCGACUCCUCCACCCAGCUACAACACAGCCAUGGGUGAGGAGAAGCCCCCGGUUGGCCUUGCCCCACCCUCCCCCUCGCCUUCACCCAAACAACUAUCCUCCUCCCUCGAUGCCGGCAUGGCCUCUCUUAACCUGGCCAAGACUACGGAGAGCGGGGAGACGGCGGUGGAGGCGGAAAGACGCAGAAGCCUCUACACCGAAGAAGAUAAAGAAGAAGAGACGGAGGAGCUACCGCCCAGCAGCACCGUCGCGCCCGACUCUUCUACAGUGCAGGAGACCGUUGAGGAAAGUGUGCCAACUAGCGAGCACACGGGCGCCAUAAACGGCUCUUUGGUACCGGGGCCUGUCAGCCUGGUCCCGGAGCUGCGCUGCUCUGUGGAGCAAGCCGAGGAGAUCAUGGGCACGGAGGCCACCGGUUUAGGCCUGGGGAUGGGGGUUGGGUUGGGUUUAGGGCUGGCGGACGAGGCCCAGAUGGAAGACUACCGGUGCAUCCCUGUGGACCACGCGGUAGCCGUGGAGUGUGACGAACAGGUGCUGGGAGAGCUGGACGUCGCCGGCUUUGAGGAGUUCUCCAGGCGCAUCUAUGCACUAAACGAGAACAUGUCCAGCUUCCGCAGGCCGCGCAAGAACUCUGAUAAGUGAGGUGGACUAGAGAGGGAGGCGUGGCCAAAACUCAAGGCAGGGACAUGAGGAAAGCUGCUUUUCGCAGCAUCAAAAAUCAUAUGAGCUAUUCUGGAAUAACGACCAAUUUGCACUUAUUGUACACAUUUCCAUAGUAAUCUUUCAAAUGAAAUGCAGUUAAAAGUGCAGGUAUUGGGACAGCGAGCUUCCCUUUUAUUUUUGAUGGCAGCAUUAAUAUAUUUUUUAACAAUGGAUGGGAUUCAGACAGUUUUCGUGUUAACUAAAGAGUUAGUGGCAGUUAUUGCAGUCUGUUUAUUCCAUAACUGGGGGACCAUAUGUGUAUCACUCACACUUUGUUUUCCAGCCUUACUGCAAUCACAGCACUCAACUUCUUGUACAAAACACCACCUGCAUUUAAGAUUCACGUCCAAACUCAGUGCAGCCUUUCAGUUUCAAUGCAGCAGCUUAAUUUGUCAGUUCUAAAACCCACUUCGAGAAUGGUUGCAACCAGCAGUUUUAUCAAAGCGAAUCGAGCCCGCUGUCCCAGCACUCACACCUUUGGCCGCCCAGUAAGAGGAAAAGGUUUGGACGCAUCCCGAGCCUUCCUUCAGGGUGCGAGGAGGUGUUGUGUACACGCGUGUGUCGGGGCUUCAGAUUAGCAUGCAACCGCAGUAAGGUGGCAAGUGAUCCCACCGAUGACCUUUGAACCUGGCAGGAUUUUGCCGCCACAAAGUGAGGUGAAAGCCCCAAUGAGAUAUCCCCCCCCCCCCCCCCCCCUCCGCCGAUGGUUUAACCCACACCGCCAUUCUCCACACGGGAGUCGAGUCUCUCCUUCAGGUCUUUAGAGGAGGUUGGUGCUCACGGCACAUGGCAGGGAUAUGGUGCAAUUGUUGUUCUGUCCAUGUCCUCCAUUUUUCUCUUUUUAUUUUUUUUUUUCAAUUUUAACAUACCCUAUCGAUAUUAAUGUUCAUGUUACGUCCACUGAGUCUCAUAAUCAGUAAACCCCAAAUGUAAAUCUGUGUGCGUGUUCUGUUGGAACGUCUCACUCAGGCUGCGCUGUAGGUGUUAGUAUCCCAAUGUGUCUGUGAUUUAGUUUCGUCCCGCGUCUUCACGUUCUGAAUGCUUUCUUGCACUGGUAUUCAAUUAUUGCUUUAUUUAUGUCUCCCAACAAUUACGUGCGCUUUGUUUUCAAAGGAAAUCAACCAUUAUUUUCAUGUUCACCACUCACAUGGGAUGUCGCUCAUUAAUGUUGUCAAAUGUUAGACUGAUGACCGUUGUCACGGACAACCGCUUUGCAUCGCCCGCCAUGACAUCGAUGGACUCGACACCUGCAGGACACCGGCAGCCCACUUUGUGUUGCAGGUCCAGUACUGUGGUUUGCUGACUGUUGAGUACUGUAUUCAAAGCUAAAUAUGAACCAUGUUCUAUCAUUUCCAUAAAAUGCUAUACAGUUCAGUAAGCGACCAUGUACAGAUACUUUUGUAUGGAGGGGUGUUUUUCUUUUCUUUUCUUUUUUGUUAUUAAAGACUUGCAGUCCAAUGGCACGGA